AUGAUAUCGAUAACGGAGCUAGUCGAUAUUCUUCGCAUGUCGUUGAGACAGAUACUUGUCCAAAUUGAAAGGAAUAUCAAACAUUCCAUAACAAUCCCACAAUUACUACUACGGAUAUCCGAUAACCAGAGUAAACGAAUAACAAAAUUUUCAAUUGAGCCACCGCCACCACCACCACCACCACCACCACUAGCAGUACCGCAACUAGUAGCACCACAGCUUCAAUUACCAAACUUGCCAGCCUCUGGGGCGUGGCUGUUUGCAAACGCGGACGAUUUCGCAAACGUUUGCCGGUUCAUACAGGAGAUACUUGAGGGAAUUGACGCGAUAAACAACAAGGACGACGUGGUUCUCCUCUUGAUAAUUGUAGCCGUCCUAAUCGUGGUGUUCUACUACAUCCUAUCACAAAUCCAAGAAAACAAUGUGAAAGUGAAAGAAGAAGAAGAAGAAGAAGAAGAAGCACCACUCACAGUGAAAUCAAGUCCACAACGAGAAAUAACCACCACCACCGGUUCAUAUCCCGCACCGUACAUCGUGCCAAUUUUGCAACGCACAGAAUCACAAGCUAGCGACUCGACGUUCUCCAACGUGAGCUGCAGCAACACCAGCUCGAUCUUGAACAUGACGUACACGGAAUCGACAGCCAACAACUUUGGGUUUGACAUAUUGGGCAACACGCCCACGGAGCGAUUGAUGCUUCUUAGCCGUUGCGGCGGCGGUGGUGUAGCUAGUCGGCAUAGCUUACGGGGCUACUUCGACGAUGACGAUGAUGAUGGAAAGUUCAGUGAUGAUGAUGAUGACGGUGGGGAUGAGGUGAAGGUGGGGACGCCGCUGGAAAAGAAUAGUUACACUACGGGACUAGUGUUUUUGGAUGAUGGUGGUGGUAGCGAGCUUGGUGAUUUGGAUACGUCGUUGCAGAAUGGGUCUAGUACCGAACUUUGGGACAAUUCAACCACGGAUGAGGAGCUUGGGGAGAAGGACAUCGUGAAGGGGGGUGAAGGCGAGGUAGAUAAAGAGUUGGAGGACGAGGGGGAAGAGCAAGGGGUGUUGGCUAUAUCGAGCCAGAGUGAGCUUGUCAAACUGGGAUCACUCACUGCUGUUGAACAAGUUGAAUCGGAAUUGGCAAUGUUGAAGCAGCAGUUAUCAAACACUCACGUUGAUUACAAGGUCACCCAGCCCGUCUAUACUGAGUAUUGA